GGAAGAAACCGUAUUCUUUAAAUAAAGGGUUUGGGUUCCUAAGGACAUAAGUAUACAUCGGAUUCAGUUAUAUUGUUCAUUUCGAUUUCUGUGGUUCUUCAAACAACCCUGCAUUCGGGGAACUCCGGCUUCCAAGAACUAGAUCAGGAUAUAGCCACGUACUGUGGAUGCCUCCUUCAAAGCUUAACUCUAUAUCGACGGGAUAAAGACUCUAGAUACUAGAUAAUUUGUUGAAUGUUGAUCCCACCACUAUUAACAUCCUUGUUCUCAGCUGCCGGACGACUAUAUCACUUUCCAAAGCAACAAUCAGACUUAGGUACCAUAUCAAACCUUUCAAUUAAUCAGCAUCUACAUCAAUCGAUAAAAAACGAAGUAAAAUUGACUCCGAAACUAGAAAAUGUCAAUUCCAUCCUCUGCCGAUACCAUAUCUCAACCACCACCCGCACCAACCGGUUACACCCUCCACGACGGAUACCCCUCCGUCCCAUCAUACCUCCACCUUCGCUCCGCAUCAGGCCUCACACCCAAGACAACGGCCCAAGCCCGCGCCGCCUUAUCCGGGAGCUGGUAUGGAUGCUACAUAACUACCAACGACGACGACAGCACACCCGUCGCAAUGGGCCGCAUCAUUGGCGAUGGUGGCUGGUACUUUCACAUCGCUGAUAUGGCGGUAUUGCCAGAACAUCAGAGACGUGGGUUAGGCGAUGCGGUGUUGAAGAGGCUUUUGUGGAAGAUUAAAGUGGAAGUACCAUGGGAAGAAGGAAAAGGAGAAGAGAGAAGAGCAAGUGCGUAUGUGACCUUGUUCGCGGAUGAGGCGGGGAGGAAGUUAUAUGUGAAGAAUGGAUUCGUGGAGGCGGCGCCGAAACAGAUGGGGAUGGUGAUGUUGGUUUGAAGGGUGAGUCUUGUGCUGGAUAGGAUUAGAACUAUGUCGCUUUCUGUGAUGGUAGGUUCAGAACAUAUUAUUAGACCCCUAAGAGCUAAUUAGCCCCCUAUAGGGUCCCACCCCAGGUCCAGAAUCGGGUGGGCAACUAGCUGUCCCGCUACGGGGUUCGAUAUGACUACUUGCUCUCUCGCAGUUCUAGAACUCGACGGAUCGUUUGUUUCAAGUCAUGAAAGAAUUAUCAUAUUAAAGGCUAGCAUA